UUACAUUUCAUUUUAUCUUGAUUUUUAAAACGAAAUCGCUUAAUUGGACAUGAUGUAAAUGUUGCUCCUUGUAUAAAACAUAGUCAAUUUGUAUAAAUAUAUCUAAAGACAUUGCACUAUACUGACAACAUAGUUAAAUUUGUGGUAUAAAAUAAGAGUUUUGUGAACUAGUGGUGUCUGGAAACAAGGUGCCCGAGCGAGCGACGGCCGCCAUGGGGCAGUCCGACGUCGAGGAGCGGGAGCAGUACUUCGUGGCCCUGGAGAAGUGGCUGCAGGAAGCCUACACCUGGCAGAGCAUGUCCGCCAUGUUCCCGUACUUCCUGCUGCACAACAUCAGCCAGCUGACGACGCUGCAGCAGCAGCAGGGGGCCCCGCCCCGGCCCGCGGUCCCCGGCGAGGCCAGGAGGGUCGCCCCGGAGCCCGUCCCGCCGGCCGUCCUCCGGCAGGUCCAGGUGGACGGAGUGCCGCAGCGGGGGUUGCAGUGUGCGAUCCCGCCCUUGUGGAAGAGGUUCGCCGCGGAAGUGGUGGAUUUCCUCAUCCUGUUCUUCCUGAAGAUCACCGUCACGUACAUCGCAGCUGAUUUCUUCAGCAUCAUCGACCUGGAGAAGUACGAGCUGCGGCUGCUGCAGCAGAACAUCAAGCUGGACUACCGCGUGCUCAUGGAGAUGACCUCGGAGAUAUUCAUGCUGGAGGUGCUCCACCGGACAGUGGUCUGCGUCUACGAGGCGCUGUGGCUGUGGAGGGGGCUGGCAGGGCGGGUGGGCGGAGCGACCCCCGGCAAGGCGGUGCUCGGCCUGAGGGUGGUGCAGUGCCAGCGGGUGGUGCAGGCCAACGGGGUGACCUUCAUCGUGAUCCCCGGCACCGACCUGGGGCUGGGCUGGUCCGUCGCGCGCUCCCUCGUCAAGAACCUGGUGCUGCCGGUGCUCUUCCCCGUCUGGUUCAACACCGUCCUCUUCCACAACUUCCAGCACAACCGCAUCACCUACGACGUCAUGUGCCACUCCAUGGUGGUGGAGGACCCGCGCCGCCGCUAGCCUGGGCCCGUUGCUGCGUCAUCAAGCCCGGCGCGAUGCAGCCUGGGUCAUUGCCGUGCUGCCUGGGCCCGUCACUGCACAGCCAAGCCCUGCGCGAUGCAGCCUGGGUCAUUGUCAUGCUGCCUGGGCCCAUCGCUGCACAGCCAAGCCCAGCGCGAUGCAGCCUGGGUCAUUGUCGUGCUGCCUGGGCCCGUUGCUGCACAGCCAAGUCCAGUGUGAUGCAGCCUGGGCCCGUUGCUGCACAGCCAAGCCCUGUGCGAUGCAGCCUGGAUCAUUGUCAUGCUGCCUGGGCCCGUUGCGGCACAGCCAAGUCCAGUGGGAUGCAGCCUGGGCCCGUCGCUGCACAGCCAAGCCCAGCGCGAUGCAGCCUGGGUCAUUGUCAUGCUGCCUGGGCCCGUUGCUGCACAGCCAAGUUCAGUGUGAUGCAGUCUGGCCUGUAGCUGCACAGCCAAGCCCAGCACGAUGCAGCCUGGGUCAUUGUCAUGCUGCCUGGGCCUGUUGCUGCACAGCCAAGCCCUGCGCGAUGCAGCCUGGGUCAUUGUCAUGCUGCCUGGGCCCGUUGCUGCACAGCCAAGCCCUGCGCGAUGCAGCCUGGGUCAUUGUCAUGCUGCCUGGCCCGUUGCGGCACAGCCAAGUCCAGCUUGAUGCAGCCUGGGCCCGUUGCUGCCUGGGCCCGUUGCUGCACAGCCAAGUCCAGUGUGAUGCAGCCUGGGCCCGUAGCUGUGCAGACAAUCACUUUUCCAUACAGCCGAGCAAAAACAUUUCUCUGAAUGUCAAGUUGAAGUUGAUCACAACACUAAGCUGACUGUAGUAGGUUUUGGUGUUUACAAUUUGUUCGGUGUACACUAUUACAUACUUGGAUCAA